ACCCCGUUUGUCCAAAUUUCCCCUCUUUCAUUUCAUCCCAAUUCCCACCAAAAAUAAAUAAAAAUAAAAGCCCCACUCAAAAUUAAUUUCCUCACUCCACCACUCCCUCCAACAAAUGUCUUAAAUUUUUUUGUAUCAUAUAAUAUGCACAGUCGAUUAAGUACGAUUUGUUUAGCAUUGAAAAAGAAUUUGCAUUCUUUUCUCUAUUAGAGAAAUCAGAAUUUGGGGAAGAUUUUUUGGAGUUUUUAUUUUUGGUGGCUGAAUUGGUGGUAUCAUCAAUGGCGAAGUCUGAGAAUUCCAAAAACCCGGGCCAAAAUCCCCCGAAAAUUCAUCCGAUCACCGCUAAUAACGACCUUGAAAUCGACCCCUCCAGUUCUUACUCACUCGAGAAGUUUCGCCUCUAUGAAACCCGAGCUAGGUUUUAUUUGAUUGGAAGUGAUAAGAACAAGAGGUUUUUCCGGGUUCUGAAGAUCGACAGAAUGGAGCCCUCUGAUCUCAAUAUCAGCGAAGACCCUGUUGUGUACACAUCGCAGGAAGUUAAAAACUUGCUGCAGCGGAUAGCUGAGGGCAACCGAGCAACUGGCGGAUUGACUUUUGUGGCCAAAGUUUAUGGCAUUGCUGGUUGUAUAAAGUUCCUGGAGUCAUAUUACUUGGUCUUGGUGACAAAGCGGCGACAGAUUGGUUGCAUAUGUGGUCAUGCAAUAUACAGUAUUGAUGAGAGCCAAAUUAUAAGCAUUCCACAUUCUACAGUUCAGACUGAUAUUGCUCAUUCUAAAACUGAGCUGCGGUACAAGAAGCUAUUGUCCAGUGUUGAUUUGACCAAAGAUUUUUUCUAUAGUUACACAUAUCCAGUAAUGCACAGUUUGCAGCAUAAUGUAUUGUCAACUUGUGAAGAAGGUAUUCCAUAUGAAGACAUGUUUGUAUGGAAUGCUUUUCUAACACAGGCAAUUCGAUCAAGAUGCAACAAUACUAUGUGGACAAUCGCUCUGGUCCAUGGGCAUUUUAAGCAGAUCAGGUUGGCAAUUUUUGGAAGGGACUUCAGUGUUUCUCUUGUUUCUAGACGUUCCCGACACUUUGCUGGAACUCGGGAUGGACUGAAGGAGGAAGAACAACAACCCAGUUAUUUAAAGAGGGGAGUCAAUGAUCAUGGAAGAGUUGCAAAUGAUGUUGAAACUGAACAGAUUGUCCUUGAUGAGGAAGCUGGAUCCUGCAAAGGAAAAAUGAGUUCUGUUGUACAAAUGAGGGGUUCUAUUCCUCUUUUCUGGUCACAGGAAGCUUCAAGAUUCAGUCCAAAACCUGAUAUAAUCUUACAAAGAUAUGAUCCUACCUAUGAGGCAACAAAAUUGCAUUUUGAAGACCUGGAAAAGAGAUAUGGCAACCCAAUUAUUGUUCUCAAUCUGAUUAAGACUGUUGAGAAAAGGCCACGAGAAAUGAUGCUAAGGCGUGAGUUCGCAAAUGCGGUUGGAUAUCUAAACCAGAUUCUACCAGAGGAGAAUCAUCUUAGGUUUAUCCACUGGGACUUUCACAAGUUUUCAAAGAGCAAGUCUGCCAAUGUACUAGCAGUAUUGGGUGGCGUGGCCAGUGAAGCACUUGAUCUAACAGGGUUUUACUACAGUGGGAAGCCACAGGUUGUUAAACGUCGAGCUACCCAACUGAGCCGUACUAGCACUGCUAGGGAUUCUUCGUUCAGAGAUUUGAGAACUAAUUCGGGGGAUAUUUCAAGGAUUAGUAGCUCAAAUGAGGCCUUGACUUCUUUCCUCAAACAAGACCGAGAGAGAGAUAGCAAUCAACAUAUUAGGAAACAGAAUGAUGGUAAUGCAGCACCCCGGUUUCAAAGUGGAGUUUUGCGCACCAACUGCAUUGAUUGCUUGGACCGAACAAAUGUUGCUCAAUAUGCUUAUGGAUUAGCAGCUUUAGGUCGCCAGCUUCAUGCUAUGGGUUUGACAGAUAAGCCUAAAGUGGAUGCCGAUAGCAGCAUUGCUGCUGCUCUUAUGGAUAUGUACCAAAGCAUGGGUGAUGCCCUUGCCCAGCAGUAUGGUGGAUCUGCAGCUCAUAACACUGUGUUUCCUGAACGGCAGGGCAAGUGGAAGGCUACUACUCAGUCGAGGGAAUUUCUGAAGUCUAUUAAGAGAUACUACAGCAAUGCAUAUACAGAUGGGGAAAAGCAAGAUGCCAUAAAUUUAUUCUUGGGUUAUUUCCAGCCUCAGGAGGGAAAACCUGCACUAUGGGAGUUAGAUUCUGAUUACUAUCUUCAUGUAUCAGGAAUUGGAGAUGAUUUCAUCCCUGAAAAGAGUUCCCUGGUUGAAGCUGAGCUUGGAGCACAAGGCAAUUCUUUUGCCCCUAUUCCAGCUAGUAAAGAGGACUUUUCACGCAUAAAGUUGACAUCCCUUGAUAAAUUGAUUGAAAGAACUUGCAGUUCAAUUAAGAAUGUUCGGCUUUACAGUGAAACAGACCAGAAAACUGGAAGUUUUGGAGUGGCCCCUGAUGCAGCAGAAAUACAGCUCAAGAGCCCUAAUUGGCUUUUUGGACAGAGGAAAUAUUAUGAUACUAACUCAGGUGCAAAGGUUGGGUCAGAUGAGGUUAUAGACAGGGAUUCUCAUGAUAAAAAGCGAGUUGAUGCUUUAUCUGACCUCAGUUGGCUUUCCCCUACAAGUGAAAUUAAUGAUGAGGAUUUAUUCCAAAGAUAUCUUGCAAUGACGUCAGUAAAUGAGGCAAAUGGCUGGUACGGUGGCACAUUGCUUGGUGAUCAAGAUGAAAGCAGUGAAAUCUAUCAACAUUAUGCUGAACUUGUCCAGGGCCCUGCAAUGGAACCAUUUCAAGAUGACCUUGAGAAGGAGAAAUAUUACGCUGACAUCCUGCAGAGAGGCACAAUGGGAAUCAUGGAUGAUACAGCUGCUGAAGCUGAGAUGGAAGCGGCUUUCAAGGAGUAUGAACAAAUUGGUGCUGAUCUGGGGAUCAUCCCCAGUUCAUGCAAUGCUUUGGCCGUUGAUCCUAGUCUGGUGACACAAUGGAUCAUUGGGGAGCAGAGGAUGCACAGGAUAUGAUGGUACAGAGCUUUUUCUGUACGAUGCUUAGUUUUCUAUUCUGAAGUUUUUACUUAAAUUGGUGUUUAUUGAUGAUAGUGUGGAUGAGUGUUUAGUGUCUUUUUUUCUGGGGCGGAGGAGCCUGUUGUUUUUUUGGGCUGAGCUCCUCUUCUUUUUUUUUCCCCCCAUUUUCCUCCCGUGGUGGUCUGGUUUGGGGUUAUGGGUGGGGGGCCGUGCAAGAGAGGCUGUUGUUCUUGGGCUGAGAUACUCUUGGGGAGUUUUUUUAUUUUGUUGCGUAUAGUAAUCUUUUGCGUCUAAAAUCUGUAUGCCCUACAAUCUCUGUUGUAAGGUUUGCUGGUGAUUUUCGUUCUCAUGUAUCAAGCUGAUUGGCAUCAGUAUGAACAUUCUGUUCUUGCUUA